AUCUUUUCUUAGACUCUUUUGUAUGUGAGAGCAAAAAAGUUGGUUUCGAGUCGUGGCGAAAACUCAGUCACAGUCACUGAGACAGGCAGCCUCAGAUGUGCUGUUUGAGGUCACAAGGAACUUUUCCUGCUGUUGAGAUCCAUUGCUAAACUGCCAAGAUGAUGCAAAUUACAGAUUUUCAAAAAAUUGGAGUCGGCUUAGCAGGUUUUGGUAUCGCAUUUCUGUUCCUCGGCGUGUUGUUUUUGUUUGACAAAGGAUUACUGGCAAUUGGAAAUAUACUUUUCAUAUGUGGAUUAGCAUUUGUGAUUGGACUGGAAAGAACUUUCAGAUUCUUUUUCCAAAGACAUAAAUUAAAAGCCACUGGUUUCUUUGUGGGUGGAAUGCUGAUCGUGUUGUUAGGAUGGCCCGUCAUUGGUAUGUGCGUGGAGAUGUACGGAUUUUUUCUCUUGUUUAGUGGCUUUUUCCCAGUUGCAGUUAAUUUUUUACGAAGAGUUCCAAUUAUAGGCAAUAUUUUGAAUUUACCAUACAUUCGGACGGCUGCAGACAAGUUAGCUGGAUCCAACUCCAUGGACAUGGCAUGAACAAAGCUGCUGCUGAAUGCUGCAGUACUAUUCGACCAACCAUUAAAAGUUCUAUAGAACACGUGUUUAUAAAUACAGCAUCUGUAAUUAGCAUCACCAAAUUAAAUUAUAUGAAGCUUUU